AUGCCUUGAAGAAGCCAUUUUUAGUGGGUGCAAUAUCCCCCCCUAACCCCCCUAUAGUGGCGCCAAUGAGUUUGGUCCAUAGCCAAGCUCCUGGCCUCCUCGUCGUCAGGAUAUAGAGCCAGGCGUUCACAGCAACCACAAUAUCUUUUUCCUAUCUCCUCCCCCGAGCUGUCAAAAUAGAGGCGCUUACAAAGAGGAGAACGUCACAUCCCCUUGACCCUCCAAUCACCUCAGGGUCCCAUUUGAUUGGAAGGCGGCAAAGGCUUUAAUCUCGGACUAAUUCAGUUGCUUUUGAAGUGAAAAUUCCUACCAGUUCCUGCUUCAGGAGUACAGAGCGAGGACCUGCAGACAGACGCGCAUACACGGAGCGCAGCGCUAUCGGUGCAGGACGCAGCCGCGGAUCUGCGAUAACCUCUCACUGGUCUCCUUCCCUUCCAAGCUGCCGCGCCUUGUAGCCUUCUCUCUAACCAAGGAUUACACAUUACUGGGGCGUUUUGCGAUCCUUUUCUCGAUUUCUCUCAACAGAAAGAGACUCGUUGCUUGCUCCCCCCCCCUACAUUUGUUUACUGGUUUGUCUUAAUGAAUCUGAUGAAUGCAUCGCCGUUUCAUUUCCUGACUGUUGGGACAUGAUCACGUCGUCCUCGGCGUCUGCCUUGAAAAAUAGUGAAAUUUGUGUCGUGUGGCAAAGCAGCAGCGGCAGCAGUUCUCGGAAUAGCAGCAUCAACAAGCCGUUUCUUCACUCCGCACCUCCGUCCGAUCCACUACGGCAAGCGAAGCGACUUCCAAUCAAGGUUUUGAAAAUGCUUACGGCACGGUCGGGACACAUUUUGCACCCGGAGUAUCUGCAGCCUCUGCCUUCUACCCCAGUUAGUCCGAUAGAGCUCGAUGCCAAGAAAAGUCCGUUGGCUCUGCUGGCGCAGACCUGCUCCCAGAUCGGCAAACCGGACCCGCCGCCCUCCUCCAAACUCUCCUCCGUAACGUCGAACGGAUCUAGCGAGAAGGAAUCUAAAUCUGGCCCCCUGAAGCUAAGCGAUAUCGGCGUGGACGACAAAUCCAGCUUCAAGCCGUAUUCCAAGCCGACGGACAAGAAGGACUCGUCCUCAGGCGUCUCGGCCGGGGAGAAGUCCGGUUUCCGUGUGCCGAGCGCCACCUGCCAGCCGUUCACGCCGCGGACGGGCAGCCCCAACUCCACCACCUCAGCCUCUCCUAUGCCGUCGGAGGGGAAAUGCGGGGAGAGGGACGAGAAGAAGGAGUCUGACUGUAAUAAAAACGGAUCGUCAGACGGCACUGGCACCACCAGCCACAGCAGGAUAAGCGUGAGCUGCGGUGGAAUUAACGUGGAGGUCAACCAACACCAGGAGACGACUCCUGGCACCAAAACAUCCUCCUCAUCUUCCUCGGAGUCUUCCUCAGUGACUUCCGUAUCCUCUGCAUCAGUUCUCGGGUCAGGACUUGUGGCGCCGGUUUCCCCUUAUAAACCAGGACAGACAGUGUUCCCUCUGCCCCCUGCUGGCAUGACCUACCCGGGUAGCUUGGCCGGGGCCUAUGCUGGUUACCCUCAACACUUCCUGCCACACGGAGGAAGCUUGGUGAACGCACAGCUGGCCGGCUCUCUGGGCUGCAGUAAAGCCGGAUCCAGCCCCCUGGCCGGAGCUUCCCCGCCGUCCAUCAUGUCCGCCAGCCUGUGCAGAGAUCCCUACUGCCUCAGUUACCAUUGUGCCAGUCACUUAGCGGGCGCAGCCGGUGCUUCCUGCACGCACGACUCUGCGGCUGCAGCCGCCGCCAGCGCCCUCAAGUCCAGCUACCCUCUAAUGUACCCGACACACCCCAUCCACGGCGUCCACUCCUCGGCGCCGUCCUUCAGCGGACACCCCCUGUACCCUUACGGUUUCAUGCUCCCCAACGACCCUCUCCCACAUGUUUGUAAUUGGGUGUCUGCAAAUGGACCGUGCGACAAGCGCUUCUCCACUUCAGAGGAGCUCCUGAACCACCUGAGGACACACACUGCUUUUACCGGGGCGGAGAAGUUGAUAUCGGGCUACCCGGGCUCGUCAUCACUGGCCAGCGCCGCAGCGGCGGCCAUGGCCUGCCACAUGCACAUGCCACCGUCAGGAGCCCCGGGGAGUCCCGGGACUUUGGCUCUAAGGAGUCCGCACCACGCGUUAGGACUCAGUAGCCGCUACCACCCUUACUCCAAAAGUCCCCUGCCGACCCACGGCGCUCCUGUCCCCGUCCCCGCCGCCACCGGCCCUUACUACUCCCCCUAUGCACUGUAUGGACAGAGACUCACCACAGCGUCCGCGCUGGGAUACCAGUGAGGAAGAAAAUCACUUUGAAAAGUUUAUAAUACUAAGAAUGCAAAUAUAAAGACUUUUAUAUUAACUGCGCUAAACUUGUGGAUGGGAUCCUUGGACUUAAACUGUAUUUAUUUAUAUGCCGGGCUUAAAGCAGGCGGUAACAGCUGCGGUAUGGGAGAAAAAAAUAUUUGAGCAACUCAAAAAGUGCAUUAUGUUGAAGCUGAACUCUGUAGGUAAAAAUGACAACACGCAUAUGUUAGAAAACCUAACGAACGUAGGGAUCUUCAUUUCGAUGUUCAUUUGAAAUUGCUAUAUGAUUGUAUUUGUUCUAAUUUAAUGUCUCAUCGAGAAAAAAAAUAAUAAUUUACAUGCAUGUCUGUUUCUUAAAAUUUCAAAACAUGUCCACAUUUAAAUUGCCGUUAUUUUUCAGGUGAUGGAAAGAGAAAUUGGUAUUUUUUUGUAUGUAUUCUGGAGAAAAAAAUAAGAAACAGUUCUGUUCCGUA